AUGACGGCGUAUGAGCUAUGCAUAUUAUGCAGUAUGCACUAUGCACCGUGGCCGUGCUUAGCGUUCUUACGACACGAGGCAGUUUCGAGGGGGGCGAUGGCGGAGGCGGCGGCGGAAGAGGGGCGCGGCAAGGGGGAGCUCCACUCUACACUGGAACAAACGCCGCCGUACGUACCGCGACCGCGCGAUUAUUUCGUCUACCGAGCGGAGGACGUAGUCAAUGCCUCGCCUGCAUCAAGCGCCGUGUUUGUUGUACUACUU